CCUCGUUACGACCAUGAGACAUAUUACGGAACUAGUACUUCUGUUUUACAUCACAGUCACACAGUACGGCACCAUCGCGGUUGCUUCGGAAUGUGGCGUUAAUUCUUCGACGUUUUGUGCCGGCUGUCAAUUGCUGGGCGUCUGUCUUGGCCCGGAUACCUUCUUUCAGGUGGACUGUGACGGUGGUCAGUACUGCAAUACGAUAGAAAACGGGAUGGCAGUUUGCGGUGACGUGGUUCCAGCAGGAUGCGAAACAACUACGACGGGAAGUACGCCACCGGUCGAGGUGGCUAGCUUGCAGUGUACCGGUGUCGGAUUCUACCCGGACCCAUACGAUUGUAAUACGUUUCACUACUGUUCGGCCAACCGAGCCGCGUCGGAAGUUUAUCGAUGUCCUGAAGGAUAUGGUUUCCACUAUACUUCGAGUGGCUCGGAUGUAUCCACAUGUCAACUGCUGAAAUCAGAAUCGGACUGCCUGAGGGUCACCUGUUCGGGUCUGUCGGUUUUCGAUGGGUACGAUUCGGCAAAGCUUUUCUAUGCUCACUGUCAUACUAAUAUGCAAACGGGAUUACGGGCGAUUGCGAUGUACCGGUGCACCGACGGAGCUACUUUCAACGGGUACGAAUGCGUUUUUCAGUGUACCGAAGAGGGUCUGUUUGCCAAUACGGUUGAACCGACUACCUAUUAUCAGUGUUAUCAUAUGUACGGAGGGCCACUGACCUUGCGGAUGCUGUAUUGUCCGAGGAAUUUAGUGUUUGAUAACGGUUUGAAAAAGUGUGUGUAGAUUCUGGAGGAAUGAAUAAAUGUUGAAUAAGGCGUGGGGAAUUAUUUAGCGACUAUUAAAUAAUUGUGGUUCAGUUACUCAUGUCUUAUUGAAAUUGAUUCAAAACAGUGUUACAAACCGUUGUAUACCUACUUCUAACUGAAUGAACUUAAGUUUAUAUCAAAUCGUGUUUUUUACAUUUUCUUAGUUCAUAUGAUAUGGCUCAAUAUAUUCGCUUAACU